UGGCAGUACUGGCACCAUUCGUUCGUUUCGUGCCAUUGCCGAUUUCCGACUAACGCCGACGCCGACACGGUGUAGCAUAAUCAAUAAAUUAAUAAAUAACUAUAUUUUUCCAGUUGAAACAAUGGGAGAUCGUAAUUUUGUGGAAGAUGUGGACUUCGGAAACGGCAACGGUUUCGCGAUAAACAAGCCAAUGCGACCGAUAAGACCGCCAAGACGUGGAAUGCCCAACCAUGACCGCUACAACAAUGCUUAUGGAAGCUACCGUGGUGGAUACGGGCCAGGUGGUGGCUUUGGGUUUGGACCAAGGGGUCCUCCUAUGGACGGGCCUAUGGGUCCACCACCAAUGGGCCCACCACCUAUGGGCCGACCCAUGGGCCCACCCAUGGGCCCGCCCAUGCGUCCAAUGGGCCCUCGUGGGCCGCGCGGCCCGCCACCACCCACAGUGAUGUAUGGACGAGGUUUUGGACCAGGCGCUUCGCCUAUGCCCCGCAAAGUUGGUCCAGAGACUCAAGCUUACAGAUAUCUUUUACGGUGUGGUAUCGCUCAGGAGACCCUCAAGGACAUUCCCAAGAAGCUGCUGAAGCUUAUGGAGGCUCACCACUGCGGAGUUUGCGGGUUGGACUUCGACUCGUUCACUAUGUCGCGUAUGCAUUACACUUCGCGCAAUCAUCAAAAGAACCAAAAGAAAUGGCAGUUGCAGAACUCUGCGAAACCAACUCCUGGGAAACAGAUUCCGCUAAAGUCGCGCGACUUGUACUGUGAACUGUGUGACGUAACUAUAACGUCCACGGUUCACGCCGAUUCGCACUAUUCGGGAAAACCGCAUCGAGCGAUUGUGGAAGGAAAGAAGAAGCCGAAAAACCCGUAUCUACUCCAAAAAGGAAUGGAGGGUCGCACUGAGCAGCUGAUUAACCGUGAGAAGCAACAUUUGCCGGAGAUCACCGAGACCAAGCCCGUCCUGGGUGAGGACAGCAAGGCUCCGCAUGGCGAUCUCUACUGCGAUAUAUGCAAGACCUCCAUGACUAACUCGGAGCAGAUGACGAUGCACCUGAACGGCAAGAAGCAUCUGUCGAAGGAGAAGCAGCACAUCAUUCGUGUGAUGAAUGCACAGUCGCAGAACAACAGCAACGAUGCCACAGUCAAACAAGAACCGCAGGACGCUCCUGCCGAGCAACCGGAAGGCAAUGGCAACGAUGGCGGCGACUGGGGAAAUGGAUCUGGUACCUGGGAAGAAUAAGGGUACAUUAUUAUAUUUGAUCAAUAUUUUAAUUUUUAAAACAUGACUAGUUUGAGUAGUACUAUAAGUUCGAUCAAGUCACGGAGUCACAGAUGUCCUUGUUUUUAUGUUGAAGUGUGAUUUUGAGAAACCUCACCUUUGAUUAUGCGAUAUCAUAUCAGAACCUAUCUGAAAUUAUAUAAUGUUUAUCCUUAAGGCUACGUUCACAUGGGGCGUUUUUUUCCAUAUACCGUGUACGAGAUUUAUAAAAUAUCGUAGUGACAGUAAAAUUUGUAUGGCAACUCUGUAAAUCGAUCACACGAUAUCCAUGCGAGAAAAUAUCAUAUUCGAGACAUAUUUUUUAUCGUCUACCGUAGGGUCUUGCCGCCGGAGAUGCGAGAUUCUCGAAACGACUUUAUCGAAUGCGAUGCUCAGUGGCGCUUAUGUUUACGUUGAUUCGUUCACGCGGACACACUGGUUUCUCGUACACAUUGUUGUUGUGAUGUCGUUGGCGAAGGUCUGAUAGAGGACGGUUUGCCGAUUGCAUACGGGAAUAAUCCGAAUGGAUCGUGUACAGUAAAACCGUAUACGAGAAAAUAUCGAAUCGAAUAGUCGGCGUGUGAACGUCUCCUUACCUAUUGUGUCAAAUUACUAAUCCCUUUAUUCAUAAACGUUUGCUAAAGUUAAUAAGUCACUAAUAAAGAUUUUUCGGGUUCUCAACUGGCGUAAAGGCGUUCAGACUAAGUUCGAUCAAGGUAUGAUCUUGUCAAACGUCGCCUCUGAUUAUGCAAUAUAACUGUAUCAUAUAGGUACCAGAGUACGUAGCCGAAUGGCACAGACGCUCACGAAACGAAGCGCUCGUAGAUAAUUAUAUAUCUCUAUCGCUCUUGCUCUUGUAUUGGCGCAACAGAGCCAGACUACCUUUCGCGGCGUUUCGUUUUCGUUUCGCGUCGCAGAAAUGCCAUUCGGCUACGGCACCAGUACAGAUCAGUAAUCAGAAAAAGUUUAUCCUUAUUGUUUCAAAUGAUUUCUCUUUAUGAUUGAAUUCUUUACUCGUGUAUC